AUGCACCUCCGCAAAAUCCCCUACUCCCUCGUGUUAACCGACACCGCCGCCAUAGCCGCCAACACUGACUCCUCGAACCCAUCUUCCCGCUCCCAACGCUUCAGCACCGCACGCCACCGUCUUGAAGAAAUAACCCCCGUCGUCCCAUCAAAUCCACACUUCACCCACGAACCUCCUCCUUGGACAGCAUACGGCUACACACUCUGGCACCCCCUAAUCGCCUCCUCCCAAAACCUAACCGAAUACCACGAGAUCCUCCUCCCUAGCUUCCUCUACGAGGAUCUGUUGCGUUGUCACAGCGCCUGGGUAUCCACAUCCCGCAUCCACACCUCUCUCCUCAACGACGUCGUCGAAACACUCCUCUGCACUAAAUCCGGCAAGAAACUCGCUAGCCUCCUUGAUGGAAAACGGCAAUGGUUCAUCCGCCUCGAUCAGAUGUCGCCCAAAGACUCGCCCAUGGGAGGUAAGUCACCCAGCUCAACCUGCGAAGACGUCAUCACGAAGAUAUGCUCCAGUAUGCGCGCGUACGGCUGUUUGACGCGUGAGUUUGAAGAUGCGAGGAAGGAAGGGAGGCAGAUGAAGAUUAAACUCGUGUUGAAUCCGUGGGACGAGGGCAUGGAUCCUGCAAAGGAGUUUCGCGUGUUCGUUCCGUCGCCGGCUGCGAGGACGGGGAGAGAGGCGGUUGCGAGCGAGUUUGAGAUCAGUGCGAUUAGCCAGUAUAGGUGGCCGAUGGGGUUUGAAGCGCCGUGGGGGUUUGAUUUGCAGCAGACUGUUGAGUUGGUUGAUGGAGGGGCGAAGAAAGUGUUUGGGGACAUUAUGGCGUUUGCUGAGAAAGAGCUGAGUAGGAAUAUCGUGGGGUUACUUUUGAGGUAUGGGUUCAGUUAUGAUGUUGCGCUGCAACAAGAUGGGAGUGUGCAGUUGGUGGAGAUCAAUCCUUUUGGCGCGCUGUCGGGAUGUGGGGCUUGUUUGUUCAAUUGGGUUUUAGAUGGGAGGGUGCUGUAUGGCUUGGAAAAGCCGGAAUUCACUGUGACGGUGGAGGAAGAGUAGGAUGGAUAGCUGUGUAUGGGUGUCUGUGCAUUUGGCACUAUAUACUUGGUGUUGGCGGUUCAUUGAACCUGAUGGUGCUUCUUACGGCUGAAG